AUGAUCGCCAUAGGCAUCCCUCGCAGCCCUGAGAUUGAGUUGAAGGCAGAAGGGAGUUAUGGUAGCUUGCCCUGUUGGGCCUGCUUGCUACUUGAGCUACGAACAGUCAAGGCUGCAGUGGUCACUUGUGGGGGGCUUUGUCCUGGCCUGAACUCCAUCAUCCGCGGGGUGACGAAGUGCUUGUGGCAUGAGUAUGGAGUGCGAGAGAUUCUUGGCAUCACCGCCGGCUACAAUGGCCUCAGCGAUCCAGAUUCUCAUCCUCCCAUUAAGCUGACGGAGGAGAACGUCCGUGACAUCCACAUGAAGGGUGGGAGCAUCAUCAAAGCCGCCAGGGGCGGCUUCGAUGCCGAGAAGAUCUGCGACAACUUGCAGCGGCUGGGAAUUACGGUCCUUUUUCUGGUGGGCGGCGAUGGCACACAAUUCGCAGGACACCUGCUGUAUGAGGCAGCACGAAAGCGACGACUCGACGUGAGCAUCGUGGGCAUUCCCAAGUCUAUCGACAACGACGUGGUCCUGUUUGACCGGACCUUCGGGUUCGAGACUGCGGUGGCAAAGGCAUCGGAAGUGAUCCGCAAUGCCUUGGUGGAAGCCAGCAGUUGUGACCGAGGCGUCGGCAUUGUGAAGCUCAUGGGCCGAGACUCUGGCUUCGUCGCCAUGCACGCCGCCACCGCGGCAGAUGUGGUGGACCUCUGCAUGAUUCCCGAGGUGAACGUGAAAAUGAAAGAUGUCCUCGAACAUGUUGAUGCCACCUUGGCCAGAAAGAAGUACAUGGUCAUCGCCGUCGCAGAGGGCGCCGGGCAAGAGCACGUCUCCACGGGGAAGAAAGACGAUACGGGCCAUACAAUCUAUGGCGACAUCGGUGUGUUCCUGAAGGACACCCUCAACAAGCAUUUGAAGCCUUCUGGGGGUCGCACGUUCUACAUCGAUCCGUCGUACAUCAUCCGAUCCGUUCCCAUCACUCCCAACGAUCACAUCUACUGCGUCCGCCUGGCCAACGACGCGGUUCACACGGCCAUGCGCGGCUACACCGGAGUUUGCGUCGGUGCCAUGCACAACAUCGUGUGCAUGCUUCCUUCGAGGCUCAUCGCAACUGGAAAGAAGAAGGUCCGACCACAUAGCAGCUCCUGGCAAGGCUGCGUCCAGACGUGCAACAUGCCAGCCGCACUGUCGGGGCUCUUCUGA